AUGGCGAAGAAUUCCAAAACGUCAUUGAGAUCAUACAGUGGCAUAGUAGAGAUCAAAAGCAAGUUUGAUGCCGAGUUCAGGAGAUUUUCCUUUACUGCCGAGAAAUUCAACUAUACAGAUUUCUCCUCCACUGUGGAAAAAUUACAUCAUUUGGAAGAAAUACCAUUUGUAGUGAACUAUACAGAUGUACAUGGAGAUCUAUUACCUAUAAAUAAUGAUGAUAACUUCCACAAAGCACUGUGUACAGCAAAACCUUUACUUAGAAUAUUGGUACAGAGAAAGGGUGAAAGUGAGUUUGAGUUGAAUGGGUAUGGCUCUAGUACAUUAAAGAAGAAGAAUCCUAUAACUAAAUUAAUAAGUAGUGAAACACCUGUCAAACCUAGGAUAAAGAUUAGUUUACCGGAAGAUUUCCGUCGUGUUUCGGCUAUUAUUGAUGUUGAUAUUAUACCAGAUACAUUACGUAGAGUGAAACUCAUGAAAAAUGGUUCUGAUAAACCAUUAGGGUUUUAUAUUCGUGAUGGAACUAGUAUGAGAAUGACUUCGGAAGGGUUAGAGAAAGUACCCGGUAUAUUUAUAUCACGGUUGGUACCGGGUGGGUUAGCCGAGAGUACCGGGUUAUUAGCUGUGAAUGAUGAAGUUUUAGAAGUGAAUGGUAUAGAAGUUUCUGGUAAAACGCUAGAUCAAGUGACGGACAUGAUGGUGGCAAAUAGCGCCAACCUGAUUAUAACAGUGAAACCAGUGAAUCAAAGACUCACCUUGGCACCUCAACGUGGUGCCACAGGGCGCCAUUCCCAGAUGUCACAAGCUUCUCAAAAUUCACAACGCUCUUCCAAAUCAUUUGAUAGUGAUACUGUAGCUGAUCAGGAUGAUGAAGAUGAGAUUCAUGAUCAUUUAUUAAAGACUGAUAAGAGUGAUAAAGACAGUGCAGUCGUAACAUUAUAG